AAGGUGACACAAGUACUCCUUUUCUUUUUUUGCAAAUACAGACUAACACGGCUGUUAGUCUGAAACCUGAUAUGAUACUGUUCAUUUUUUAUCUGAAUGUUGUCGCCUAGUAAAUCAAAUGCUUUAGAGAAAUCAGACUUUAUGCAUCUGAUCAAAGUGGUCCCUUUGGUCAACCAAACCUCUCCUCUCAUUAAGGGAUAAACGUGUUAACCAACUCUGUUGUUGCUUGGCAUUAAUUAAAUUCCUAGACUUAUUUUUUAACUAAUCCCAGACCAGCUUUUCCUUUGUUUCCUAAUCUUGUCCAAUCUUUUUUUUAAAACAUUCCCUUUAUUUUUUAUGUUUAACCCAGAACUGCCCUGUUUUAGUCUAUUUUUUUUUUUUUUUUGGCUCUGCUCCUGCCUGAUUGUUUACUUCUGCUUCUGAAUGAGAUUUGUGGUGGAUCGGUCAGUUCAUAACCCUGGUGUUCGUAUCGCUAAGGUUCCACUGUCGAUGCUCUUUCACUCCCUCCUUGACUCCUAAUGGACUGGAAAGUGUUUCAUCACCUCACGUGAUAUGAGUCCCUCAUACUGCUUCUUUUCAAAUGCAGAACGAAUAUAUUUAUUGAACACAUCUACCUUUCCUGCAACAUUAACACGUUUCCUUUCUCCCUCUAGGAAUUGGCCUAAACCUUUUCUAGGAUGUCUUUUGUUCUUAAUAUACUGAAAAACCUCCUUUGUGAUCCUGAGACCUGCCACACAUGGUUUUUUCCCUCAUGUCUUUAAUAACCAUGAUCAAUAUUCACAACUUCAAUUUUGUAUUAUUUGCUAUUUAUUUCUCUUUUUUCCAUGCGUUCUAUAUUUCUCUUCUCCCUCCCCCGCCAUGUGCAAAAAAAGUCUUCGCUUUGUCACUGAACCAGGUAUUUAUCCAAAGCUGUCCACUUCUUUGUCUAUGGAAUUGUUACUUUCUAGCUAUCUAAUAAACGCUUCUUAUAGAAUUCCAAUUUUCCCUCCCCAGUUUUCUGUCUAUUUUUUUUCUGAUAUUUUGCCUCAGCUUUGAGGAACUAGCUCUUGUGAAACACUAAGUGUCUACACUUAUUACUGGUUGGGAAUAGUUCUCUGUUUGACCAUGUGAACGUAAUCGCUCCAUUUUUUUAUUUACCUCUCCUCUAUAACACAUCCCUUCUUUGUCUCUCCGUCCAGGAAUAUUUAAUAUGACCAUCACCUGAGACCCUGGGCACAAACAGAAUUUCCAGUGAAUGUACAGUAUAUGCAGGAGACGCCAUUCUGCCUUAGAGUUGGGCACCUUCUCCCCUACUCCAUGUCAGAUUCCAACACAACUGACUUCACCAACCCCUCCACCUUCAUCCUGCUGGGCAUUCCUGGCCUGGAGGCGGCCCAUGCCUGGAUCUCCAUCCCUUUCUGUGCCACGUAUGCCAUAGCCAUCUUGGGGAACUUCACCAUCCUGUUCACUGUGAAGAGGGAGAGACGCCUCCAUGGGCCCCUGUACUAUUUCCUCUGCAUGCUGGCUGUCACCGACCUGGGCCUGUCCACAUCCAUCCUGCCCAAAAUGCUGAGCAUCUUCUGGUUCAAUUCCAGGGAGAUCAAUUUCAGUGCCUGCCUCACCCAGAUGUUCUUCAUUCACUGCUUCUCAGGGAUGGAGUCUGGGAUCUUUGUGGCCAUGGCUCUGGAUCGCUACGUGGCCAUCUGCCAUCCCCUGAGACAUUCCACCACCCUGACGAACUCUGUGGUGGCCAAGAUAGGCCUGGCCGUGGUGCUGCGUGGAGGCAUGAUUGUACUGCCCUUUCUCAUCCUGGCGAGGCAGUGGCCAUAUUGCAGAACCAACAUCAUCCCCCACUCGUACUGCAAGCACAUAGCCGUGGUGAAACUGGCCUGCGCAGACAUCCGCAUCAGCAAUUACUACGGCCUCUUUCUGAUAUUCUUUGUGACCGGUGUGGAUGUGUUUUUUAUCACCAUGUCCUAUAUCCAGAUCCUCAGGGCCAUCUUCAGCCUCCCCACAAAGGACGCCCGGAUCAAGACUUUUGGGACCUGCAGCUCCCACCUCGGUGUCAUCUUAGCCUUUUACAUCCCAGUUCUCUUCUCCUUACUCACACACCGGUUUGGGCAGAAUGUGCCCCUUCAUUUCCACAUUCUAAUGGCCAAUGUGUACCUCCUGGUGCCCCCCAUGCUGAACCCCAUCAUCUAUGGGGUGAGGACCAAAGAAAUUUGGGACAGGCUGCUCCAUCUCUUUACUCAUAAAGGGACUUAA